AUGCCGCAAUGCAUGAUGGAGCCAAAGACUUCGUUUUCGGAGUUCACGCCGUUUUUGGAGUUUUUUUCCCCAGGAAUUUACACAAGGCUUAAAGACAGAACUAGUGACAUUAAGAGUCGUCUGAAGCUGACCAAAUUUGCCUGGUUAUCAGAUAAAGUCAUCUUCCCAAACAAAGAACAAGUUCUCAUUGAUUUUCUUGGUGGCCUUCUUUUAAACAGGAAAAGGAGUAACAUAACAGAGGAUGAAACUUUUCUUGUGUGGAGAUGUCUAUUUGAAGUUCUACAGACAAGAAAAUGUCACACCCCAGCGAAAUUCAGACACACUCUGAUCAUCAAACCCUCCAUAAGUCAGGUAUUAUGCGACAGCAUCUUGUUGGAGUAUGAGAAAAACUCUGGUUGUACAGCAGACAUUGUAGGAUGUGCCUUAGCCAUUAUACAGUCUCCAACCUUAUCUUAUGUCUUUACAUCAAAAUAUGAUUUUCUGGUGAAGUUUCUGGGCAAUGUAUUGUUAUUAACAGUCAGAACUAUCCAGGAUGGCAGACCAGUCCAUUCUGAUCUUAUUCAGCUGUUACAGAAAUGUACAGCAACUUACAGUGUGUCACAAAGGUCCCAGCCACAGCAGACAAAGGUUUUCCAGUCUGUGGUUGAACGGUUACUUAUUCCUACUUUAUUGCUGGGAAGUUUGACAGAGAAAUGUCACGAGCUUAAAAACUGUGUUGAGAAUCUAAAUGACAUCCUGGAUCAGGCAUUGUUUCACAGAGAACACCAUCCAUUCUAUGAGAGUUUUCUGUCAGCUAUAGUAGGAAAAGAUGAAAGAAAACAGAAAGUCUCCAAGACAAUUGAGAGCCUGUUUCACUUGUUAUCAAAUCUUAUCAAUAAAAAGAAGGGACAAGACAAUUACACAGAUACCCAGAAGAUUAUCAGUCACUAUCUGGUAGCUUUCUUUGACCAUUUCCUCUCACAUAAGUGCCAUGGAGAGAAAACACAGACUGGAUUCCGACUGUUUGUCCACAUCUGUCAUAUCAUCGGGAUCAGAGAAUCCAGUCUGGAGCUUUGUGGACCAUUAAGUCAGGAGGAAGUUGUGAUUGUAUUAUCUCCCCUAUUGAGAAGUUUACUGAAGCAUGAAAUUUACAGUCAACCCCAGGAUACAUCAGAUGGCAACAUCCAACUCAAAUUCUACAACCAUAUUCUGAUUCAUGUUUUAGAAGGCAAACAGUCUUCAUUGUUUUAUGCCUGUUUGGAAAGCUUCCUGGAAUUAAAUCAUGCUAUUCUAGAGACUAAGAUGUCAGAAGUAUUUAGAAUAGGGUGGUUUGAGGUGCUGAAUAGAGACCUAAUGACAUAUUUGGAUGGCUUUCUGAUCAAAUUACUUCAGACUUACUCCAAACUGAGACAGGUACCUAAGUUACUCAGUUUAUUGUUGACCUCUGUCAGAGAUAUGGAGUUUACUCAGGAUCCAGUGUUCUCAGAGGCGACAUCUCUACAUUUUGGAGAAGUUGUGGAGCACUUACCCCAAGGUGUGGUCACUGAAGUUUGGGGACUUUUUCUGAAAGAAAUUCCUGCAUUGCUUCUUAGACUGCAGACUGAAGAUACAAGUUCAGCUUGCAAGCUUCUUUUUGUGACCAAACUGUUUGCUGUUUUCCUGUCUCAUGUAAAAGUAGCCGAUUAUACGAUUACCCAUCUGACAAGGUUAAAGGUCAAAGGUUUGAUGGAGGAGACACAAUCAGGAAUAAUAGCUCCACUUAUUGAGAGAGUGGCAGAUAGAAAGUUAUCCACCCCUGAGCCAGUGUUGUUCUCUGCCCUACUUCUGUCAUAUUUUUGGGGAGAGCUUCAUUUCCUUCUGGAGGCAUUUAAUGUAGGUGACCAAAGAUCCGAGUGUCACGAACAAAAUAUUUACCGAAACCUGGAGGUCAUCUUUACCAUUGACAGUAAGAGCUGGAAGAAGGUACAUACAAUAGUUACUGAUGCUGGAGUGAAAAGAAACUCGUACUUAUGGAAACUGUUGACGACAUUGGUGCUGAAAGCAAUGCUGGCUGACAAGAGUAUAGAACUCCCAAAAGACAUAAUGAGGAUCCUAUUGAAGCUGUUCUCGGACAUAGAGAAAUGUUUGUCAGGAAAAGCAUGCUUGGCACUAGGAAUGCUAUGGGAGAUAUCAGAGGAAAACUAUAGUCCAGCAAGUUUGGACCUUGUGUUAAAGAUGUUGCCCUUGUGUGGUUCCCGCUUGUCCUGUGACACGACUCAGCAGAUAACAGAUCUGGUCAUGAGAGUUAUGACUAAUGUUAUUGAUGUUGAGUGUCAGCAGAUACUGGGGAGUCACUUCCUGGAGAGGUGUUCACAUUCAGAUAUCCUGGAGAGUUCCUCAUGGUCCUCCUGUAUGCUGACGGCCACGUUCAAAACAGUCCGUUUAACAAUCCGGGAAAAACAAAAGAACUCAAAUAAAAAGAUGAAAACAGAUUCCAAACUCUCCACAAUUAGUACUGUUUUAGAUGAGUUGUGUGAUGAUGUUUUUACAACAGCAUCAGAGUAUAGUAAGAGAAUGGAGAAACUUCAGUUCAUCUCUCAUUUAAUCAGUGACAGGCUUUUGAAUGUCCACGGAGAACGUCAACUCACAACUGACAAAUCCUCUUGGAUUAUCUGUUUACAGCAUAUAGAGAUCUUGACCCAGUGUGACCAUUCACCGGAGGAGAUGGUCAGGGGUUUUCUGGGAGUCCUUACUCAGCUGACUGCUAUAAUGGCCCAGAAGCAAACUGAGGAUGAAGAAUUAUUGGGGAGGAUUCUUUCUGUGAUGAUAAAGACUAUAGAAAAAGUGGCACGGGCCCCAUUGUUUCACAUGAUCAAUGUGGAAAAGUUUUUGAACUGGUGCAGUUGUCUCUUAGCCCAGGAAAAACAAAUUUAUUCUCAGGCCAUUUGUCAGAAGUUGGAACUUCUACUGGAACUCUCCUGCAGAGUUAUGGUUACUGAUUUUCAGUUACUGCCUGAACUCUUUCACAUUAUGAACAAGGGACUGCAAGGUUCUCCCGUCACAGUAGUCCCAUGUUCUGUUGUAUUAUUUCUAAAGGAGAUUUCUCAGUUGCUGAAGAGAUCUUAUCUGAAAGAAGAUGUAAUUGGUGUAUGUCAGACAGGUGUCCUGGAGAUUUACAGAUACCUGAAGACACACCUGGACAAACUGCAGGAAUCUUCAGAGAAACUGACCGUUGGUCAUGUCUGGUCUCUUUCGGCUUUGGUACAGAUUCUACCUAGAGAGCAGAUUGAUUCUAAUAAUGUCACAUUUAUUCUUAACUUCUCACUGAAAAUUCUGGAAGACUUACAAGGAGAUCUUUGCCUGACAGGUGCCUGUUUGGAGUAUAUACAAAGUCUCUGUCUAUCUCUGGAUCCGGAUGUUAAGCUGCUAAGCUGUGAACAGAAACUGACUUUGUGGACAACAUUAAAGACAGUGUUUAAACACAUGCUUAUGCAAAAUGGCCAGAAAACAUCUAUCAAAGGAGAAAGCCAGUCAUUGAAGUGUCUAGUGGCUAGUAUCCUUAAGUCAAAAGAACCAGAUAGAAAGUUUGACUACUUUACAGACUUUCCCAUGGAAUGGACAUCACAAGAUGAAGAGAAGCAGCAGAGCUGGGCCUGGAUGAGGAAGAAGAUGAUGUUUGAUGGUUGUUUUGAGAGAGAUGGCUGGAGACUCAUUUUUCAGCAGAUCCAGAGCACUAUUGGGGCACUUAUCUUCUGUGUGGAUGCUGAUCAAUUCCAGACCAUUAUUGACACUCUGGUAUUAGAUUGUCAUCUUGAAGAAUUGGUCCAGCACAACUUCUACAAAAUGUUUGCAUCUGUCCAUCUCUGGAAACAAGUCAUUCAGAAUGAAUUAACAGAAGAAAAAGGUGCUAUUGUUGUCCAGGCUGUGGAGAAGGUGAUGAUUCAUUUCCAGUCAGCGAUGUUACAGUUAAAGGACAUACAAGAUGAUCAUGUAAUUCUCAGUUUGGCAGUACCAAUAAUGAAAUGUCAGGCUGACAUGCUAAAUUUUGGACCUUCUUUGAUGUCCUCCCAGUGUGCUACAUUGGCUCUACAAAGUUGUGCAUAUAUCCCAUUAUGCACCUCAUCUCAUUACCCAGCAUUCAAUGCUGUAUGUGCGGUGUUGACUUCCAUGAUGGUACACCAUACAGAGGCAGCCCUCAGUGUCAUACCGACCUUCAUCAGCUGUGCUAACCGUUUGAUGAAGUUUGUCAUAGCAAUGGGAAACCAAGAAAUAUUGAUUGAAACAAAUACUGCAACUGAGGCCAGAAAUUGUGCACAUAACCUCAACAAGUUAUAUGUUCUGAUAGCUUCUCAUAAGCUAGAUUUCUCCAAGGUAGCAGUUUAUUUGGUAUCUAAUUUUGUAUCAGAGGUUCAAAAAAUGACACUACUUCCAACUGUCAAGCGUGCUUUGAUGCCUGCAAUAUAUGCUAUUCUGGACAUAUGUGACAACCACGUGAUUUCUCAGUUACACAUGGUGCUGAAUCAAGGAGUAAAAGCUGUAUUCAAAGUGCUUUAUUCGGACUACAUGAAAUAUCACCACUACACUGGAAAAGUCUAAUCUUGAAUAAAGAAUGCAUUGAAAUG